GCGGUGUGCACUGCAGUUACUGGAACCAGGCGCGCGUGUGUGCUUUUCUCUCUUCUUCUACGUCGUGGCCGUCGUCUUCUUCUUCUUCCCUACCUUCUUCGCCCAGCCGGUACGUUUGCGUAUACAUCGAGUGUGCACGACACGCUCAUCGGCCAAGUAAUCGCGGCGCGACGCGUGUAAAAAGCACACCGUCGCCGUCGACGAGGAGGUACGCGGGCGCGCGUGUGGCACGGUACGGCGUGCAAUUAAAUCGACGACGAACGCGAGUGUUGGAAUACGACAACAGCAACAGAUUACCGGUACUGGUCGAGCAGAACGAACCGAAGUUUUCGGCGGCCGUCGCGUAGCCAUCCGCCACGCGGAUGUUCGCGGACUAUCAACGCGACAGUGUUUGGUGACGUCCACCACUCGGAGUGGCACCAACUCGUGCUGCAGUGACAGAGUGACGUUCCGUGACAGGUGUAACGUUGUAACGCGAGUAAGGAGGACCGACAUGUCGACGACUUGGUUAUGCCGUCGCAACGUAAUUCCUCUUGGAAGUCGAGCUACGACGAGGUGACGCACGGCGACCGGACAGUAGCACCGAUUGCGGACUUAUCGGGUCGGUACAGUGUUUCCGUGCCCGUUCCACGGUGAGGACUACGCGUGUGUAGUGGACGUGUGACAAGUGGUGCCUCGAACUGGGAAAUAAAAACAUCCGAGCGAUUGACGGAUACGUGCAACAAGGACCCGAAGCAAUCAAAAGUGGAUAUUCCAAUUACCCGAUAGUGAAUCAGAGUAAAGGGGAAGAUAGUGCUACUUGACGAAAACGAUACAGUGUGAAUAAACAAACAGUGCUUCACUUGUUCCCUCCGCAGUGUGGACUUGGAAACUAUCACCGAGUGAACUGGAGCAACCGACGCUGCCGGUUGUUCCUCGCGACCUAAUGACCACUCGUCGUGUUCAUCCUGACGCUUCGUCGACAUAGUUGCACGUAGCACGCGCGGUGUGCUCGUGGAGAGGUCCCAAGAUUCGGGCCCCAUACGGAGCGCGCGCGGCGGCGGCGGCGACGACGUCGUCGGCGAGUUUGGCGGCUAGGACCUUGGGCUGUGGCGGCGGCAUCGACGUCGCGUCUAAAGUGGAGCGUCCGGGCAGCACGACGACGCUCAACUUCACGGAUCUGGGGAGCCCAUUCGGGGCGGGCGACCCCUGUCCGUCGAGUACCCCGACCCCGAACAGCAUGUCAGGCGGUGGUGGACCGAACGGCGGCGGCGGUGGUGGCGGUGGUGGCGGCGGCGGUACCGCCGGUACCGGUGGCGCCGGCUCCGAUAUGGAGCAGCAUCUUCAUCACGCGGGUCUCGGCUCGGUGACACCCGGGCCACCCGGUGGAAAUGGUGGCGAUAGUACCACGUCUAGCACACCGGUCUCUCAAAGCGGCAAGUCCGCUUUCAUUGAGCUCCAGCACAACAACCUCUACAAUCCCGCGAGCCUACGUGGCGGUUACCCGGGCGGGCACAACGUGCCCGGCGCGCACCAAUUCUCGCAUCAAGUCGGCUCGCUGGCGCAUCAAGGCUCUGGGCCCGGCAGCGGGAAUCAGCAGCAUGCGGACGCGGGCUUCCCCAGUCCUAGGUCCGCAUUGGCCGGAUAUCCGUUCGCGCCCAUGCACCAGCACAACGCCUACGGAUAUCACCUGGGAUCGUACGCCCCCCAAUGCCCCUCGCCGCCCAAGGACGGGUGGUGCAUGUUCGCAGACCUCUCGCCAUUGGGUGAUAAAGGCGGAAGCCUCGUCGAUGAGCUCGGCGGUGGUGGUGGCGGUUCCCUCAGGAAUGGCAAGGGCAAGAAAAUGAGGAAACCGAGGACGAUUUACAGCAGCCUGCAAUUGCAGCAGCUCAACAGGCGGUUCCAGAGAACGCAAUACCUCGCGCUACCAGAAAGAGCAGAACUCGCGGCUAGUCUCGGACUCACGCAAACACAGGUGAAGAUCUGGUUUCAAAAUAGGAGGAGUAAAUAUAAGAAGAUGAUGAAAGCGGCGCAGCAGGGAGGAGGUGGUGGCGGCGGGCAGCACGGCAAUCUUUUAGCAGGUGGAACUGCUCUACCUGGAGGACCAUCCCCUCAGCCAGGACAACCCGGAAGUCUCAUGCAAGGAGGGGGCGGAAGUUCCGUGUCGGGCAGCCCAACGACGGGUUAUCUCGGCGGCAUGGGUGGCGGGGGUGGCGGUCACACCCCUGGGAGCUCGAGUCCCGGAAGUGAGAUGUCGCCUCAGCACAACGAAAGCCCACCGGCACCCUCCUGGCCGGGCGAGAUGAAGCACCAUCCGCAUCCUCACGCGCCACCCCAUACCCACCAUCAUCCGCAUACGCCUGGACAUCAUCCACCACCACCGCCACCGCCGCCGCAUCACGCGGGUUACAUGCCGCAGUAUUCCUGGUACCAGGCGGACCCUAAUCCCGGAUUACUCACGGUAUGGCCAGCAGUUUAACGAAGAUGUCCAUCGAACUGAGUUCAAGUGAACCAUCUCUUCGUGGCACCGCGGACAUACCAGCGCUCCUACCCCAAAGUGUGAAUACGUGUAGCGCCUCUCGCGAGGAAAAUUGAAUGUUAAUAUUGUUUUUAAUCGUCUAACGAAACCCGCGUACCGGUUUCCGUGCGGGCCGUCCGUCGAAGUGAGAGUAGUACGAACAGUGCGACGUCGUAAUACACGUCUUUUAGCGAAAUAUUAAUGAUAAUAACACUAAUGAUGAUGCAGCCGCGAGUGCCGAUCCUGGAUUAGCAACGACAUGUGUUGUCAACGAAGCAAAGCUCAAAGCUGACGAAGAGGACCGAGUGCGCAGCCAACGUUGGCUACUGACGGGGUCGUUGCCAAAAACCAGAAGUCAUAAACGAUACGCUCGUCGAGUGAUUCUUGACCGAUUAGUGACAUACACGGUUUUGGUGCGCUUGUCGUUUUGUUGUGCCGCGGGAUGUGUUUGAGCCGGCCGUUUCCUACUUCCGUCCUGCGAAUCAACGUCGGUUGGAAGAAGAGAAUGACAACAUCGUCACAUGUCGCACAUGGCGAAGUAACGCUGUAAAAAAAGGAAAGAAAGAAAAAGUGAUAGUGAUGUCAGGUAAUAGCGGUCACUACGUAAAAUUGCGGGGAACCGACCGUUCGCGACGCUCAUUCUUUGAUGAUCUACGGUCGUACGUUGGUGAUCUUGAAGUUCGAUUUACGAAUCGGCGCAUAUUUGUAAAGCUACGCGUAUGAUUGAGUGAUUGUCACGACUGUAACGCUUUUCGUGUUUGGCAAAUAAUCGUUGUCGCAGAAGUAAGAAUCGUGAGGAAUCUCUUUUCCGGGGAUAUAUAAAACGGCUCGUCUAUGUCUGUUCGUGUCGACUGUCGCGAUUGCGUGCAUCGGAUCUGAUUACAACGGUUAAUUAUAAGCGAAGAUUGCCUCCAAAUAAUUAUUUUCAUUAUGAAAAUGUUGUUGUCCGCCGUUCGUCAAGCGUGGUAUUGUGUACCGAGUUUACACGCUCGAGUUAAUUGUUAAUCAAAUGAAACAUUACACAAUAUAAUUAUUUUCUAGUAGAAAAUAUUCAAUUGUGUGACGUUGCCAUCGCAAUUACGUGUUACCAAAAGUAAUCCAAUCGUCAUUAUUAGGUGUUAAUUGGUUGUAUUUGUAUAUCAGAAGCCUCAAACCCACGACCCGCUAUAAAAAGCAUUUCUUCGCCGAUCAAUUUUAACGUUUACUACGAUUCGACAUUUAUACUUAAUAUAAUUGACAUUAUUUUCAGCUAUUCUCUCUGAGAGCUCGGAGCAUCAAGUUUGAGACUUCUGAUCUACAAUUGUCGCUGUCAUCUUCAGUCGCAAUUAUCUUUAGAACGAAUCGAUAAAAUCCGUUGAUCAAGGAUUCUUGAGGAGUUAUCAUGGAACUAUUUAUGAUCCCAAUCGAAAACGCGAAUUUUCGACCAACGUAUUUCUGAUCGCGAUUUCGUCUGUAUCUCUCUCUCUCUCUCCCUCUCUCUCUCUCUCUCUCUCUCUCUCUCUCUCUCUCUCUCUUUCUCUCUUUGCGCUCUUGUAAAUCUCUGCUCAAGUUGGCUUACCACUGUUAUACGAUCAAACAAGUGGUAGCGAUUUUCUGCAAUCAUGACACGUGACUAAUCGCUUCUGCCUGAUUGGGUUCAUCGACAUGUCUUGGUUUUCAUUGAAUUUCUUCGGCAGAGCGUAUGUCGAUAUGAAUUCUGACAGCCACAGGUAGGAAAGAGUAAAUGUAUAUGGGAUUGUUAAGCAUCCUUUAAGCACCCUUUGAACAUCCAACUGUUCAUGUCACUUUCAGACACUAAGCUUAAGCUGCGGAAGUUUUAUAGCGGAGGUUGCAGGAGAUACGUACGAAUGUUUGUCGAACAGCUGGCAAAAUUCUUCCGAUUAGAAGUCUCUUCGAAUAGUUCCAUUUUAACUCCCUUGCUCGGGUGAUCUCAAUUUAAUUACGGAUUCUCUCUCGGUUCUACAUCGGUGUUGACGAAUAAAGAAUUUACUAGUGUGACAAAUAAACAUUAUUUUCCGUCCUAUUUGGACGAGACGAACUAUUUGAACUCGCACAACACUCCCAACUACUCCCAAACUUAAGGAUAAUUAACAAGAUCGGUGCGAUAACGUAACGGUGUGGGCAAAUUUCGUAAAGAAACGUCGCAACCUGAAAGUAAUGGAAAGAACGCGGAUCAAGUUUGAGAUCACUGUCCCACAUCCGAUAUUUGUCCGGUAAUUGUGCCCUAGACAGGAUUAACAAACCCUGGCAAACAACGGGACUAGGCCGGGAUCCUUUCCAGUGCGACUCGCUCGAGCGAUAUUUUCGUCACCUUUCUGAACCAGGCCGGUUCGGCACGAUCGUGCAUCUCUAAAAACCAAUUUCCAUCUCCUCGCAAAUGUCAAUUGCUGAUGACGUUAGGUCGGUCGAUCCUUUGUGACAGUUACCCAACAACCGCGAGUGCAGCCGACCUACUUCGUGCGCGGGCUGGAUCUCGCGUGAUAGACAGAGAGGAAUGACAGGAUCGGCGAAGUUGCGCGGAACGGUAGAUGGGGAGGAGAAGACGGGGGGAAAAAGAGAAACAACAUUGCAUAAACUCGUUGAGCAGUCGUUCCUCAAGGCGGUUGGAAGUAAUGAAAUCCUAAUGACAUUUUCGUGAGUCAAACGAUCUCGGCAAUCACGGUGGCUCGCUGUAAUCACCGGUCCCUCCUUUCCGGAUGAGGCAACCGGCCGGGGGCCUCCUCCGAAGAAGAGAGGAGAGGAAUACGCGAGAGAUGAACGGAGGAGCGACAGCUCGAGGGACGAACUGGAGAAAAAAUCAUUAUCUCGACCGGCGACGCGCGGGACGCUGCCGACGUCUGAGCUCAUUAAGAACUUCGAAAAUCUAAGGAAAACGUUGCUUGGGUUUCGACUCCAAUCGGUCGUUCGUGUAUUGUAGUCCCUUUCGUAGCCAAUACGCAGUCCCUCUUUAAUCGCCAUCAGUCUCAAUGUAUUUUAUAUAACGAAUCAAACCCAUCGGAAAUUUUUAUAUUAUAAAAGUAGUUUCAAAAAUAUUUAUUUAUUUAUAGACCUUCGCGCUCAUACCAAAAGCGUAAUUUUAUUAAAUAUAAAUUUUGCGAGGGAUGUAUCUCAUUGUUAAUAUAUAAACUAGGCAAAAAAGUCCCCGAUAAAUGAAUAACAAAUUAAAUGGAACAGUUUGCCGCAAAAAUCUGAAGAUGCAACUUCCAGUAGCAACGUCGAAAUCUUUUUUAAAUAGCGGUUAUUUUUUUUCCGCCGCUGCAACAGCCUAAGCGUCGCGCUACGGGCUGGUCAAGUUGCGGGUGAACGAAGCGGUGGACUGUUUUACGCUGUUUCUUCCUUGCUAUUCUUCGUCGGCCAUAUUGGGUCACCCUUGCCAUCUUGCGUCGCGCAAUAUCUAGCUUUCCACAAGAGACGAUGCCAAACCGCAAAAACAGCGGCUGCGGCUUGCGACCGCGGGAAACUGGGAGGGUCGGCGGGCCCCACCGCUGACCUACAUCCACUGUCUCGUCGGUGCAACAAUGGACGUCGUCUCAUGAGAACGCGUAGUCCCGCAGAGUCCCUUUCCUUCCUGAUUCUGCCUUUUUCUCCGCUCUGAUUGAUGUUACCGUUCGGCACAUGUCGCGAUGUACGCUGAAGCCGCCAGGCCUCACAGUUUCGCAUAUCCCAAUUUCGGAUAUCUGCGUUGAGAUACCCUAAAUUCUGAAACAUAGCUCACUUUGAACGAAUUUUCUUAUUCAAACUCGACAUUAGGACAUUUGAAAGUUUAUAAUGUAUCCGCGGAUUCAAUCCUAAACGACAAAACGUAUUUACAACAAGAGAAAAUUCUCGCCUCAGUAGAAAAGCAGGAAGACAGAAGCCAGUCAGAAGCUCACGCUGGUGGAAAAGCAGAAGCAGCUGUCGAUUACCACCUGACCACCUGCCUUUUUGUUUUCUGCUUUUCUGUCAAGGUGUGAAUUCAUCCUUAACAUAGACAUACGGGUUUCCGAAGCUCUCGAAUAUUGAUUGGAGUCAACAAUCGAGAUAGUAUGUGAGAUCUCACGUAAUGCACCCGCAAUUCCGCCGGUUUUCCCGAUUCCAUCGGAAUCGACGAAGACAUCAGCACCGCGCAAGUCCGCGGCACGGAAACUCGCGGCGGAGUAGGCUGCUGGGGUCACCCCGUGGUGCACAAAGAGGACAGUACAAAACUAGCUUUAGCUAAAAAAAAAACUGCCCUUCCGCUCGUAUAUCGGCCGCGUUCGCUGCUGAACGCGAUUAUUACGUCACACGAAGUUUACGUAAAGUCUCGCGGCGAAAAAAGGUAGCCGAGCUGGAAGGUAGGCUACGUUCCGGGGAUCGAUGUCGUUGUGACGCAGAAUUUCUACGUCGUGACGUCCGCGUCGUCGUCAUCAUCGUCAGGACGGCGCAUGCGAAAGAUGCGCUGGCGGUGACGAUGACGGCGAUUCGUGUUCCCCCGUGUAUAAUAAUAAGUGCCGUUAGAUUUAACCGCAAACCGCGCUGUGGAGAACUAGGAGGCACGGGACGGCCUUCUCGGACGGGUUCUUGCGUUUUGAUUCGGUGCAAUAAGAAGGCGUGUGCGUAUAUAAUUUAAGACGAAACUCCCCUCAGUUCCUAAAUUUCGUGUAAAGCCGGAAAUGCGAAAAGCAGCGUAAAACAAUUAGGCAUGGUCGAAGUGGCGGCGCGCGUUCCGAUCGAUAUUAUCGAGACUGUCAUUGAAUUUCCAGAAAAGCAAUCGUUCAGAUAAAAAAAAAAGAAUUAUCUUUUUGCGCCGGAAAUUUAGUUAUUUGUUUUACAUUAAGUCGAUAGUAUACAGUAACGGCUCGUAUUAAAGAAAGAGAAGAUAUUGUCAAAAGAUCAUUUGUACUUUUCGAUGAAAGUGAUGUGCUCGCAGUUUCCAACAGAUAACAGCAUUAACUUCUGCGACGUAAGAAUACGUCGAUCCGACAGCAUCGAUGAAAUAUAAUGUGCAAAACAACGCGACGCGUCCCACCUUUACCACGCUUUCAUCGAAUACGCAGACUAUGACAACACCGCGCGCAAGGACGAAUGUGAACUUAACGCGAUCGAAGUAUGCGUGUUAUGUGUGUGUGUCUGUUGUGUAUAUGUGUUUGUAUGCGCGUGUACAUGGCGUGUGUAUGUAUGUAUGUUUGGGCGUGUAUGAGAAAGAAAGAGAGAGAGAGAGAGAGAGAGAGAGAGAGAGGGAGAAAGAAUGACAAAAAGCGUAAAAAGUGUCCGUAGAAUUUACUAGUGUUACUAGUCUCGGUGCAAGUCACCGGAGAUCGAUCGAGCUCGUCGAUUAAGCUGAGAGAUCGAUCCCCGAACGCCUGUACAUAUUGCACUGGGGCCCUCUAGCGUGUAAGUGAAUUUGUGUAAAAUACGAUAUUGUGAUAAGAAUGUAAAGAGAUACGAGGACGAGGGACAGAAAAAAAAAAACAAGAGAGAGGCCUAGAAAAAUCGUCUA